AUGCAGUACACCAACCAGACCUUGCAAACACGGGUCCAUGAGCUUCAUAAUUUGUGGGAUCGCCUCCGGCUUUCACCUUGCCUAUAUCCUAUGAAAACUCGAGCCCUGGUAAUUGCAGCAUGGCCGAGGGGUUUGCAUGGUAUAGCGAGUACUGGCCUAGGCUCCCACCUUUUCCGACGCCUUCGAGCUGGUGCGAUGCGAGGUAUCCAAGCCGAUGGAGCUGGCUGCAGCCCGUGGGUCCAGCUUGGUAUGAUCGAACAUCCAGUGUGUGACCCCCUGUUUUGGUCGGUUAUGCAAUCUAUCCGUUGCGUGAGGGACUGUGCUGCUCUGGACUUUAUCCAGCCUGUCCUGACUCAAUUGGCGUUUGGGUGUUCUGAGUUGCCUGCCAACACCAUUACUCAAACCUUGCUGACACGGUUGCAAUGCCUUGGAUGGUCCGUCCGUCCUGAUGGUCGAGUUAAAGAUUCCCUUGGAUCCUUUUGUCUUUUUACCACCAACCUACCUGAGAUUGACUGGCGUGCCCAAAUUUCUUGGCAAGCAGUGGUUUCCCAGCAGCUGACACACAGAAGUGGAUUUGCAGAUUUGCAGCAAGCAGACAUGCAUGGAACCCGCCAGUGGCUCCGUUCCCUCACAGCUGAAGAUGCUGGCCUGGUUGUCUGGGCUCAGAUUCCACAUUUGCCUGAAUACCUGACAUGUUAUGGCUGGGGGUUGAGACCCGCUUCCUGGAUGGAGUAUUACAGAAAGCUUUUGGAGGUGGCCGAGACCCCUGCUGAUCUGUCUCUGCUCCGGCCCACUGCUGAUGGGCGGAUUGACUUGUUUAUAGAUGGAUCCUGUCAUUUUCCCACCCAGCCAUGGCGAUUGGCCAGCUGGGCGGUCACCCAAGCCUGCUCCUGUGACCUUGCUGAUGAGAGUGCAUCGGUGGUUUUGGCUGUCAGUCCCUUGGCAGGUGUUAUGCAGUCUGCGUUUCGAGCGGAAGUUCGGGCAGUGCUUAAUGCAAUCCGAAUCGCCCACAAAACAGCCAAGCCAGUUCGUAUAUGGAGUGAUUGCAAUGGAGUAGUGACCCGAGUUCGUGCCCUCCUUCAACGGACUUGGUGGGUGAAACCCAAUGGGAAACAUGCUGAUCUUUGGGGGGAAAUUGCCAUGCUGCUGGAAGGAAUGGGUGCCAACAACGUGGUAAUCACCAAGGGGAUGGAGCUGCAACAGACAAUUUCUGAGCGACCCAGUCCCAUGCAGCCCGAGUGGGUUGCUAUUCCGGAGGUGACAUGGGUUGACCAGAAGCUAUGUGCAAAGUAUAGACAGCGAAUGGUAUUGAGUGUGGCGAGGUAG